AAACCUCAGUACUGUCAGGAGUAAGAGGCCUCACACAUUUUCCCCAGAACACUGCAUAAAGAGGAGUUUUGUUACAUUUUAAAAUCCAGUGUUAAUAUUUACUACUAGAGAACCCUUCCGGAAGAUGAAAACCUAAAGACUUAGGCUUGCGGGCAAGGUCCUUCUGCAUUUAAAACACUGUGCUCCAUGUAGGGCUAAAGUGAUAGUUGACAGCAACUCAAACAAAAUAUUAAUUUUUUUGCGUGUGUGCCUAUUUUCUUAGGGGACAUAGGAAAUAGUGAAUUGCAUAGAGAUAAGCGUCCUGAACCGACUCUUUUUUUGCAUUUUAACUUCACUGGAGAAAUAUAUUGUUAAAUUUAUGUACUUAGAAAAACCUAACAGUGUGGCUUACUGAGAAUUGGAAUAAACAGGCCUCCAGUUACCAUUUUUAAUGGUUAUUGUAAGGCAAGGGAAAGAGGAUCAUUUCUUGAGAGAUUUUUGAGCUCAGUUAUGCUUUGGUACUUCCUUCAUUAAAUCACCUGCUUGGAUUUUUCUGGUUUGGGAAUAUGUGGAUUGGAUUUGUAUUUUAAUUAGCAUUAAACUGUUCAUAGAUUCCAUUGUCUUACAGUAAAAUAAAACUAAAACAUUAAGGUGGAAUCACAACUGUGAUGUUCUUUUCACUUCAUAUUUCCUAGGAAGGCCUAUUCGCUAAGCCGCUUGUUUAACCUUUUCAUGUUUUCCGGGCUCUCGUUUCUGGAUUUGCUUUUGUUGUUCAUCCACCACACUGCUGCAGCAGUAAGCAGUUUUCUUAGAUGAUAGACAUUUUUUUCUUUCUAUGUCCAUUGUGUCUUUCUGAAAUUCUGUGCCAACGUGAACAAGGAUUUGUCUUGUGUUUUUAAAGGAAAAAAGUCAAGAAUCAAUUACAUUAUUGUAGAUUUUUACCAUUUUUAUUUUCUCUGCAAAAUAUAAGGCAGGAUUUCCUCACUCUUGUGAUCGUGGCGCAUUCUGCAGGAAAAUAGCCAAGUAGAAUCCCUCCAAGCUCCUGGGCACAGGCUGCUCCCAGGCUCUGCCUCCCAGCAGAGCCCGCGUUAGCCAUCUACGUACUGAAUCCAAUGUGCGCUUCCAAAUCUGAGAUCUAGGCAUUUCUGCCUCAACUUGCUAGCUGCAAUUUUAAAAGCUUAUGUUCCUGAGGAAGAAUUGAAGGCAGCAGAAAUAGAUGAAGAGCACGUGGAGGAUGACGGGCUGUCUUUGGACAUUCAGGAAAGUGAGUACAUGUGCAAUGAUGAGACGGAGAUCAAAGAGGCGCAGAGCUACCAGAACUCCCCAGUCAGCUCUGCGACUAACCAGGACGCCGGCUACGGGUCGCCCUUCAGCGAGAGCAGCGACCAGCUAGCCCAUUUCAAAGGCUCUUCCUCUCGAGAAGAGAAGGAGGAUCCUCAGUGUCCCGACAGUGUCUCGUACCCCCAGGACAGCCUGGCACAGAUCAAAGCUGUGUAUGCAAACUUGUUCUCCGAGUCCUGCUGGUCCAGCUUAGCUCUGGAUUUAAAGAAGUCGAGUUCCACCACCAGCACCAACGAUGCCAGCCAGAAGGAGAGCUCCGCCCCCACCCCUACACCCCCCACCUGCCCCGCCAGCACCACUGGUCCCCCCACGAGCACGCCCAGCACCAGCUGCAGCUCCAGCACCAGCCACAGCAGUACCACCAGUACCAGCAGCAGCUCCGGGUACGACUGGCACCAGGCUGCACUGGCCAAGACGCUGCAGCAGACGUCCUCGUACGGGCUGCUUCCUGAGCCCAGCCUGUUCAGCACCGUGCAGCUCUACCGCCAGAACAACAAGCUCUACGGCUCCGUCUUCACCGGCGCCAGCAAGUUCCGGUGCAAAGAUUGCAGUGCCGCAUAUGACACGCUGGUGGAACUGACGGUGCACAUGAACGAGACAGGCCACUACCGCGACGACAACAGGGACAAGGACUCCGAGAAGACCAAGCGGUGGUCCAAGCCCAGGAAGCGCUCCCUGAUGGAGAUGGAGGGGAAGGAGGACGCCCAGAAGGUGCUGAAGUGCAUGUACUGUGGACACUCCUUCGAGUCCUUGCAGGACCUCAGCGUCCACAUGAUCAAAACCAAGCAUUACCAGAAAGUGCCUCUGAAGGAGCCAGUGCCAGCCAUCACCAAACUGGUCCCCUCCACCAAAAAGCGGGCGCUUCAGGACCUGGCGCCCCCCUGCUCCCCUGAGCCAGCAGGAAUGGCCGCAGAGGUGGCCCUGGGUGAGUCAGCCAAGGAUCAGAAAGCAGCGAACCCGUAUGUCACGCCCAAUAACCGCUACGGCUACCAGAAUGGCGCCAGCUACACCUGGCAGUUUGAGGCCCGCAAGGCGCAGAUCCUCAAGUGCAUGGAGUGUGGCAGCUCCCACGACACCCUGCAGCAGCUCACCGCCCACAUGAUGGUCACCGGGCACUUCCUGAAAGUGACCACCUCGGCUUCUAAGAAGGGUAAGCAGUUGGUGCUGGACCCUGUGGUGGAAGAGAAGAUCCAGUCCAUCCCACUGCCGCCCACCACCCACACGCGGCUGCCAGCCUCCAGCAUCAAAAAGCAGCCUGACUCUCCCACGGGGUCCACGACUUCUGAAGAAAAGAAAGAGCCGGAGAAGGAGAAGCCACCCGUGGCUGGCGAUGCGGAGAAGAUCAAGGAGGAGAGUGAGGACAGCUCGGAGAAAUUUGAGCCCAGUACCCUGUACCCAUACCUGCGCGAGGAAGACCUGGACGACAGCCCCAAGGGAGGGCUGGACAUUCUCAAGUCCCUGGAGAAUACCGUCUCCACAGCCAUUAGCAAAGCUCAGAAUGGUGCGCCUUCAUGGGGUGGCUACCCCAGCAUCCACGCGGCCUACCAGCUCCCGGGCACCGUGAAGCCACUGCCAGCGGCCGUGCAGAGUGUGCAGGUGCAGCCGUCCUACGCUGGCGGUGUGAAGUCGCUGUCUUCCGCCGAGCACAACGCCCUCCUGCACUCCCCGGGGAGCCUCACGCCCCCACCGCACAAGAGCAACGUGUCUGCCAUGGAGGAGCUGGUGGAGAAGGUCACGGGCAAGGUCAACAUCAAGAAGGAGGAGAGACCCCCUGAGAAGGAGAAGAGCUCCCCGGCCAAGGCUGCGUCCCCCGUAGCAAAAGAGAAUAAAGAUUUCCCUAAAACGGAGGAAGUCAGCGGCAAACCACAGAAGAAGGGCCCUGAGGCCGAGACUGGGAAGGCCAAAAAGGAGGGACCGCUGGAUGGUCACACCCCAAAUGGCACAGAGCCUCUCAGAGCAAAGGUCACCAACGGCUGUAACAACCUGGGGAUCAUCACGGACCACUCACCGGAGCCUUCCUUCAUCAACCCGCUGAGCGCUUUGCAGUCCAUCAUGAACACCCACCUGGGCAAGGUGUCCAAGCCCGUGAGUCCCUCGCUGGACCCGCUGGCGAUGCUGUACAAGAUCAGCAACAGCAUGCUGGACAAGCCGGUGUACCCCGCCACCCCUGUGAAGCAGGCCGACGCCAUCGACCGCUACUACUACGAAAACAGUGACCAGCCCAUUGACUUAACCAAGUCCAAGAACAAGCCGCUGGUGUCCAGCGUGGCCGAUUCGGUGGCAUCACCUCUGCGGGAGAGCGCACUCAUGGACAUCUCCGACAUGGUGAAAAACCUCACAGGCCGCCUGACGCCCAAGUCCUCCACGCCCUCCACGGUUUCGGAGAAGUCCGACGCUGAUGGCAGCAGCUUUGAGGAGGCGCUGGACGAGCUGUCACCGGUCCACAAGAGGAAGGGCCGGCAGUCCAACUGGAACCCGCAGCACCUGCUCAUCCUGCAGGCCCAGUUCGCCUCGAGCUUGCGGGAGACCACAGAGGGCAAGUACAUCAUGUCGGACCUGGGCCCGCAGGAGAGGGUGCACAUCUCGAAGUUUACCGGCCUCUCCAUGACCACCAUCAGCCACUGGCUGGCCAAUGUGAAGUACCAGUUGAGGAGGACAGGGGGAACGAAAUUCCUAAAGAACCUGGACACAGGGCAUCCUGUUUUCUUUUGCAACGAUUGUGCCUCUCAGUUCAGAACUGCUUCUACAUACAUAAGUCAUUUGGAGACGCACUUGGGCUUCAGCCUGAAGGAUCUCUCCAAGCUGCCACUCAAUCAGAUUCAAGAACAGCAGAAUGUUUCGAAAGUCCUCACCAACAAAACUCUGGGCCCACUGGGGGCCACCGAGGAAGACUUGGGCUCCACAUUCCAAUGUAAGCUCUGCAACCGGACUUUCGCAAGCAAGCACGCAGUCAAACUGCACCUCAGUAAGACCCACGGCAAGUCUCCCGAGGACCACCUGAUCUAUGUGACUGAGUUGGAGAAACAGUAGCGUCCAGGUAUGCAAGAGACCGCGGAACAUUGCACUAAACGUUGUCGAGCUGCACUAGGCCUGGCCUGAGCCUCUAAAAUCAGUCUUUCCUUUGUUGCUGGCCCGCCUCUCUGGACCUUGGUUUUCUUACACAUAUUUUGUAUAUUUAUAUGCUCUCUGUCCGAUCUGUGCAUGUUAUUUUUCUUUUUCCGUGAGUCAAAGUCUGACCUUUAUUUUCAACAUCUGUUCUUGAUGUUAAGCUAUCUUUUGUAGGAAAUAGUGGGGCACACUACCCAGAGACAUUAUUUAGCAGUAAAGAAAGACACAAAUGACAGUGAUAAAAAGACAUCCUAAAAUGAUGAAGUUGCCAUGACAAUAAAGGUCAUAGAACCUGGUAGUGUCAAAUUUAACCCUUUGAGGACUGUAAUUGCAUUUCUGUGCCUUUCACUUGAAAAAAAAAAGAAAAAAGAAAAAAAGGCUUAAAGGCAUUUCAUUCAGAUCAAAAGCUGUGUCAGACACAAAACUUAUUUAAUAAUUAAAAAAUGAGCUUUUAUAUGCAGAACUGGUUUGUGAGGAAACAUGCAUGCAGCUGUGGGAAGAUAGAAAGCUGUCUAGGACUCACGGGGUUCGGAAGCCACACCUCUACAUGUCUAAAACAAAAAACAACAACAACAGAUACCCCACUCGCCACUAUGCCCAAACCCUCUGGAUGCUGAAAAAUGCCACUUUCGGCAAAAAAAAAAAGUAUGCAAGCUAUUAUUUAAAAAUGUGUAAAAAUGCUAUUUCUUUUUUCCUGUAAAAUAUUGCAGUUUAUAGUUAUUUACAAAUGUAAGCUUUGGUACAAGCUGACCUUUCUAUAGCGUGCUGCAUUGGUAAAUGAAAAACAAUGGGGCAAACGUUGGAGUCCUUUCCUUGUAAAUUGCCGGCAUCAGCUUAAAAACUCCUGUAUGUUACAUAUCAUACCAUUUUAAUCUCUUCAACUUUCUUUGUACCUUCUGGCUGUAUGCUUUCUCUUUUAACUUUUUAUAUUGUCAUUUUAUAUUAAAUUUCUGUGUAUAUAAUGUAAAACCACAAUUUUUGAAUAAAAUUUAGUUCCUGCAGCUUGAUUUAAAUAGAGGACUUUUACUGGCACCUGCAUCUCUCCAGAUGCAUGUACUCAGAGGGACUGUCAGACAAAAAUACAUAAAAACAAAGCAAGCAAUGCACUAUUAAUUAUACAUUUUGAUGUUCUAUCAUUAAUAUUGUACAGUACAUUUUGGUUCACACAAUUAAAUCCACUGUUUUCUCAGAUGUAAAAUAAACCCACAUGCAGUUCUUGAUUUACA